CAGUCUGUCCCUCUCUCUCUAACGCACACCUGUGGGGGCGGAGCUUCAGCAGGUAAAGGCUGAGCUUUCUAUGCUGCAGUCAGAGAGGAGCUGAAGGACGACCCGCUGCAGCUGCAUCUGAAGGUGAGACACGCGGUGACCAGCAUGAACCUUCUCUGAUCCGUCCAGGUGUCCUCUUCCCUGAUUGGUCCGUGCUGAUUACACGAUGAGCUCCGCCUUCUCUCAGUCGCUCUUUGAUCGCUUUGGUGUGUCUCCCCCUGUUGGACUGGAGGACCGUAGCAGGUCUCAGCACUCAGACUCUCUGCCCACCUCAGUGCCCAUCCUCUUCUACCCCCCCACUAUGGACGCCUCCACCCUCAGCCUUUAUAAGGGCCCUUUGAGAGGCCCCGGCGGCAUCCUGCCCUACCUGUCCCCGUUCCACCACCACGGACACUUCAGUGUCUACGAGUGUCCGUUUGAGCCAGCGUUCAUCCAGAAGCGUAAUGAGCGUGAGCGCCAGCGUGUGAAGUGCGUGAACCAGGGCUAUGCCAAGCUACGGGACCACCUCCCGGGUCAGAGCGCCGACAAGAGGCUCAGCAAGGUGGAGACGCUGCGCGCCGCCAUCAGGUACAUCAAGUACCUGCAGAGGCUGGUGGAGAUGGAGGAAGGAGGCCAUGAGGAGGCGGAGUCCGUCAGGGAAUCGCUGUCUGGACCAGACAGAGGAGGAGAGACGCCGGCAUGUUGA